AUGCCACGGCCGCCGCCGCCGCCGCCACUGCCCCCAACCCCACCAAAACCUACCAACGCCAGGGCCCAACGAAAGCCCAACAGGCUAAGGAAGGAGCUCGCGGUAUUUCUAGGCGAGUUCAUUGGGACCUUCAUGUUCCUGUUCCUUGCUUUCGCGGGAACGCAGAUCGCUCUGCAGUCUGCUACGAUCAACCCGUUCAUAUUCUCCGAGCAGGCGGAGCCGCCCGAAGUCCUGAAGCUGAUAUACGUUGCUUUUGCGUUUGGAGCGGCUCUGGCCAUCACUGCGGCGAUCUUUGCCGACGUUAGUGGUGGGAUGUUCAACCCGGCAGUAACAACAGCCCUCUGGCUAGUCCGCUCCAUCCGCUGGCCUCGCGCCCUCCACUCCAUCCUCGCCCAAAUCCUAGCCUCCAUAUGCGCCUCCUUCACUGUAGCUCUCAUGCUUCCCGGGACCUUGAAAGUCACCACCUCCCCGGGAACCUCCGUAUCUCUCGUCCAAGCACUCCUUCUGGAAACCUUCCUGACCACCCAGUUAAUCAUCACUAUUCUCAUGCUCCCGCCUGGCGCCUCAAAGCCAAUGUAUAUCGGCACAGCAUUGUUCGUGGCAGAGCUAGCGGGUGUUUAUUCCACAGGCGGCAGCUUGAAUCCCGCUAGGAGUGUUGGGCCAGCUGUGGUUGCGGGGUUCCAGACGAAUCAUUGGAUCUAUUGGGUCGGGCCGAUGAUCGGGGCAGGACUGGGUGCGGGGAUUUUUACUCUGGUGAAGAGCGUACAAGGGGAGCGUGUGUGAAGCGAGU